AGAAGUGUGAUACUCUGCAGUGCUGCACACUGAAGCCACCAGCUGUUUAUCCCCCACGCCGGACAAGAGCACGCAGGCAGGAGCUGCUACAUCAUCCAGCCCUGACAGGAGGUGGAUGGGUGCUUUUCCAUCAUGGUCAAGUCACUGUUUGUGUUUGGAGUGCUGGGAGUGUUGCUGAUCCCAGCCAAGUGCUACCAGAUAUCCGUGUGCCUUGAAGACGAUGAAGAGCUGAGAGUAGACUGUCUGACUGUCAAGCCCAAGUCCAACAUGAUAGACAGCUAUGAGUUCUCCUGGUCCUUUGGAACCAAAGAAUCCCUCAUUAAGACCAAUGUGUCCGGUUCAUCGACAGAUGGCCAGUUCAGCGGCAAAAGCUCCGUGGAGGAGCUGAAGCCUCACGGCUACAGAAUGACCCUGAGCGGCUACAAAGACCAACUCCAACCCAACACCACCUUCAUGUGCAAAAUAUCUGGGGAAGGUGCCAGUAUCAAUGUGGUGAAAGAUCAACUCCUCCCGUGUUCAGCCGUGAGCGUAUUUCUGAAGAGCUCCUGCUCCUGGAUCAUUUGUCUCCUGCUCUUUUUCUAUCAAACACACAGCUAAAAAAAAGCAUGCAAGCUUGUGCUGGCUUAUCCAUAUCUAACCACGCAUCUGUCUACAUCAAACAUCAAUCAAAAAACACCCACAUUUUGAUAAGAUGUUGUCAAUAGCUUGCAACUGUCUCUGUCUUUCUUUUCUUUUCCUCCCACUGAAAUAAUAUAAACAUGUUUUCAUAACUCUCUUUGAACAGAAAUAAUGAAGAUGACUCAACAAAAAUGUUAAGAGAUGUGCUUUUUGCUGCUGAGGCACACACAGCUGUAUGUGUAUAAUACACUGAGUAACUUGUCAUGGAAAUAUUACUUUGUAAGCUGCAGCAUUUGUUUUCAAUAAAGGGAUGCUAUUUAAAGUGAAAUAGUGAUUUGUCGUGAAUUCAGUGUUGUUUAUAGUGGGA